AUGGAGUUGCGGAAGCGGAAGAAAGUCAACUAUUCUGAGUCAAAAGGAAGAAUCGGUGGUUUAAAGACUGUUGUGGUACAACCUGAUUCUCCACCACAUAAUUUCAAUAAAGAUGUUAAGCCUAAAGGUCUACCACAAAAGAUUGUUAGAUACACCCCCAUGAUAAAUAAAAGGAAGGCAUCGAAAAGGAUAAACAAACCUACAUCAAAGAAAGUGCCACAUGUUAUGGGAAACUAUGAUAAUAGUUGUCGUAUCAAAAAAUUGACUUUUGAAAGACCCUCAUUCAACGACUAUUCGAAUUAUAAACAACCAGAGCCUGCUCUAACAGGCUUAAUUCAUUCAGAUGCCCGGAUAGAUUGGAUAAAUGCCAAAAAGUUUCUUGCAAACCAUCGUGAAAAGCUAAGAAAGUUAGCCAAAUUUCAAUAUGAACUGUAUUACAAGGACAUAACCAAGCCAGAAUACAAGGGGCCACAGGCAUUUGCUAGUCUGAAACUACCGGACGACAUGGUAUCUUAUUCCAAUAUAAUAAAGAGUAUUGGGUCAUUGCUACAUGAAGUUGAAAAUUUAGAAACUAACAAAAAUUCUCAAAAAUUAUACAAACCAACUAUUGAAAUUUCAGCUGAAGCUUUGAAGACCAUCCGCGAACAGACAUCAAAUAAUGACAGAAUUGAGCGUACUGCCGAGUUGCAUGAUAUUGAUAUCGAAGAUAUCAAACAAAUAUUAAGAAAGAACGAAAUAAACACCACAUUACAUCAAAUGAACAUGCUUAAAUCGUCAGAUUUCCAAAUCAUGCACACUUUGAUGGAAAAGAGGUACUUCCCAUAUGAUGAUUCAUCCUUGCUAUGGCCAACUAAAUAUAAAAAAGAGCUCAAAAGAUAUUCAAGCUCAGAACUGGAUCAAAAUGAUCCGCUUCAACUUUCAAUUCCGUUAUUCACGGAUUUUUGA